AUGCACAGUCGCAAGGCCGGCACUCUGCGCAUCACGACCUCGUCCGCGGCCUCCUCCCCUCGCUGCUCGUCUGCCUACGACUCGGACGCCGACGACGAGGGGAACAUGGCCGAAUACCUGCCCUCGCGGCCCCUGACCGUCUCCAUACCGCGUGGCGGCUAUGCGGCAGGGCCGUACUGCCCGCGAAGACCCACCCUCUCUGAGAUUCUCGCCAACACCGCGCCGCCCCCCUGGACACUCUCCGCCUUCAUGGCCUACCUCUCCCAAAACCACUGCCUCGAGACCCUCGAAUUCACAAUGGACGCCUCCCGCUACCGGCAACACUACUCGAAGAUGGCAGCCCGCAACCCCGGCUCGCCCAUCUCCCCCCUCAGCGACGACUGCACCUACGUCAAGAUGCUGUGGCAGCGCCUGCUCGACGCCUACAUCGCCCCGAACGGCCCGCGGGAAGUCAACCUCCCCAGCGACGUGCGCGACUCUCUCCUCGCCCAGUCGAACCCGUACAUCCCGCCGCACCCCGCCACCCUCGAUCCCGCCGUCGCCAAGAUCUACGAACUGAUGGAGGAAUCCGUCCUCACCCCCUUCCUCAACUCGCUCUGUCCGCAAACGGCAACCCCCGGCUCUGCGUACGAGGGCGACGACGUCAGCCUGUCGCGGACGCACACCCGCUCCUACGACGAACGGGGCAUGUACUCGCGCAACUCCUCGCCCACCGCCCAGCGAGCGUCCGCGCCCUCCUCACUCACCUCCAACUUCCUGCACUCGCGGAAUGCCGCCGCACAUGGCCGUUUCGCCUCGGGCCCACCCGCCACCUCCUCAUCGUCCGCCAUGGACACCAGCGGCAGCGACGCCCUCACCGACGACUCCGGCAGUGCCAGCAGCCCCAGCGGCCUCGACGAUCCCAUGACGCCGCCGACGACGCCGCCGAUGAGCGAGUUCAGCUACGGCAACAGCUACUACGACUCGCAGGGGACCACCCCGAGUCCACGUCUUGGCCGGGGCGAUCAUUCUAGCAUUGCCGGUGCGACGAAGGACGGCUGGAAACGAGUUAGCUCGAAGCUCUGGCCGAAAAAGCGGAGCGGCGGUGCUUUGCGAGAAGAGGAUCAAUCUCCGAUGGAGGGAGGUCUAUUCUGA